AAGGACGGGGCACUAGUCGCUCAUGGUGGCACCGGAGCACGGCGAACAGUGCGACGGUGUGGCGGCUUUGUGACACUUAGUGACACUUUUGUGACAGUGACGUGGCGGGCUUGACUAGCGAUGGCCGCCAUUAAAUACCCUCUUGUGCUGGUCGCUGCGUUGGCUGUCGGGCUGUCAGUCGCCUCCGACCAGGAGCUCCUCGACCAGCCCCUGGACCAACAUGUUGGCGUAGAGGACCGCGAUGACACCGUGACGACGUGGCUGCCGAGGGAGCUGGAGCCCCUGCACUACAGGGUGCGCAUUCAGCCCCAGUUCCUUGAUUCCAACUUCACCUCCCCCGCUGACCUGGAGUUCACGUUUCGGGCUCGCGCCCCUACGAGCAGGGUCGUCGUCAACGCGCGCAACCUUACCAUCGACGAGGGAUCCGUCGUCGUCGAACAGGAAGGGCCGCCCGGGCGCUGGACCCCGCUGCCCCUGCUGGGCCAUGUCCACGACGCGACCCUGGAGACGUACGCCGCCGAGCUGCAGGCGCCGCUGCGGCCCAGCAGGCAGGAGAAUAGGCGAGCCAUCCGAUACCGCCUCAAAAUGAACUACACGGCCCUGGUCGGCGAGAACCUCAAGGGCCUGUACCGCACCUCGUACCUGGACGAUAACAACAACAAGAGGUGGAUCGCGCUGACCCAGCUGCAUCCUACAAACGCACGCGCCAUGUUCCCGUGCCUGGACGAGCCCCAGUACAAGGCCAGGUUCACCCUGAGCGUGGCGCGCCACAAGGACCACACCAGCGUGGCCAACAUGCCCGUCAGGACCACCGAACCCAUGGCCGGCUCCAGCGACUGGAUGUGGGACCACUUCGAGACGUCCGUGCCCAUGUCGUCGUACCUCAUCGCCCUGGCCGUGUUCGACUUCGGCAAGCUCGAGUCGACGGCCGACUUUUCCGCGCCUCCGCCGCCGCCCGCAGCCGCCCCGACGACGGCCGGCCUGGCCAGCAGCAGGAAUGCGACGCGCGCCGCGGUGCGGGACGUGUCGUUUCGCGUGUGGGCGCGGCAAGCCGACCUGGCCCGGGGCGCGUACGCGGCGCACGUCGGCCCGCCCGUGCUCAAGUACUUCUCGCGCAUCUUCAACAUCUCCUUCCCGCUGGUCAAGCUGGACAUGAUUGCGGCGCCCAAGCUCUUCUACAAUGCCAUGGAGAACUGGGGGAUCAUCACCUUUAGGGAGGGCGCCCUGCUCGUGGACGAGGCGGACAUGGGCAGCAGGCACUACGUGGCCACCAUCGUGGCGCACGAACUGGCUCACCAGUGGUUCGGCAACCUGGUCACUAUGCGCUGGUGGAACGACGUCUGGCUCAACGAGGGCUUCGCCACCUACAUGAGCCAGCUGGGCGUGAGCCAUGUGGAGCCGCAGUGGCGCAGCGAGGGCAUCUUCGUGCUCGAGAACAUGCAGGGCGUGAUGCAGCUGGACGCGCUCCCCUCCUCCCAUCCGGUGUCCCGCCAGGUGCACCAGGUCGCUGACAUCGGCAGCAUCUUCGACGCCAUCUCCUACAAGAAAGGCUCCUCCCUGGUGCGCAUGAUGAGCGAGUUCCUGGGGCCCCGCGUCUUCCAGCACGGCCUCAACACGUACCUGCGCAAGCACGCGUACGCCAACGCGGCCCAGGACGACCUGUGGGCGGCGCUCACGGACGCAGCGCGCGGCGCGCACGCCCUGCCCCGCGGCCAGUCCGUCAAGAGCAUCAUGGACUCCUGGACCCUGAGGACGGGCUUCCCCGUGCUGACCGUCACCCGCGACUACGGUGCGGGCACGGCCAAGGUUGCACAGGAGCGGUUCCUCGUCGCCACCAACGCCAAUGAAUCAACUGCCCCCGUGGCCCAGGGCGAAGCGGCCUGUUGCUGGGGCGUGCCGCUGUGGGUCAAGACGGUUCCGCUCUGCAGCAACAGAACCACCAGCGGCUGCAACAGUAGCAGCACAGAGGAGCUCCUGUGGCUGCUGCGCGCCGAGGUGACACUCGCCGGACUUCCCCCUGGUCCCGGGGGUCUCCUCCUCAACGGCGCGCGCGCCGGCUACUACCGCACCAACUACGACGCCACCAACUGGGCGAUGCUGACCGAGUCGCUGGACUCGCUGACGGACCUGGAGCGCGCCGGGCUGGUGGACGACGCCCUGGCGCUGGCCGGCGCGGGCCGCCUGGGCUACGACGUGCCCCUGGCGCUGCUGCAGCGACUGCCGCGGGACGCGCCCUCGCUCGCCUGGGUGGCCGCGCUCCCCUGGCUCGCCAAGCUCACCCACCUGCUGCACGGCGUGCCUGCCGGCGGGGCUGCAGGUUCCGGCGGGGACAACGCGUUCACCCGCUGGGCCCGCGCGCUGGCCGGCGACUUGCUGCGCGUCAGCGAGGGGUUGCGCCUCUCCACUGACCCCGUGGACCACGCCUUCGUGUCGCGCGUGCAGCUCUGGGCGUGCGGGCUGGGCGUGCCCGGCUGUCUGGGGACCACGGGGCCCAGCCGCGAGGCCCGCCAGGGGUUUGACGCCUCUGUCUUGUGCAAAGCUCAGAAGACUGAAAAAGAGUGGGGAGAUGUGCUGUCAAAAUAUUUGUCGGAAAAUCCUGCCUUUAUUCCAAAGUUGGCAGAGUGUAUUCAAAGCCAGGAGGCAGCAAAAGGGAUGCUUGAGCUUGCGGCAUUGGAGACAAAUCAUGAGCAGCUAACUGAAGAUUUGCUUGAGAAACUGACAGCAAAUCCUUACUCCUACAAUGCUGUUGUAGAUUUCCUAAAGGAUAAUUGGAUGCAGCUCCAGGCUAAGUUUGGAACAAUUGAUGAUGAGAUUGCUAAAAGUAUAUUACCAUAUGUAAAAAAUGAAAACCAGAUCAUCCAGUUGGAAAAAAUGAUAUCUUCAAAGAAAAAUGGCCACCUAAUGAAUGAAGGUAAACACAAUGUAUGGUGGCUCCAAUAUCAAGCUGAGAAGUUAUUAGAAAUGGUCAACAAACUAAAAUUAUGAAACCAACCUAGAUUUAAUGAAAAAUUUGUUUGUAGGAAUAAGAACUGAAAUCUUUGA